AUGUUCUGCCUCCUGCUCGGCUUCUUCCUGGCCGGCGCCAUCUACGUAGCCUACCUGUUCGCGGCCGAAGCGGAGCUGAACAUCCCAUGGGUGCCCGACGCCUCGGCCCGGCUCUUUGCGCAGCGGCCCCUGCCGCCGCCGCUCGAGGACACGUUCCUCUCGUCGCCGCGGUACACGCUGCCGCUGCGCGCUAGCGGCCGCGACAUUGUCGACGCCAACGGUCGCCGCUUCAAGCUGGCCAGCGUCAACUGGUACGGCGCGUCCGACGAGCUGUUCGUGCCCGGCGGGCUGGACGUGCGGCACCGGGAUGACAUCGCCAAGACGAUCCGCCGGAUGGGGUUCAAUUCCGUGCGGAUGCCGUACGCGGAUGAGCUGGUGAUCGCCAACCCCGUGAUCAUGCCGCACCUGCUGAGCGCGAACCCGGAUCUAGUGGGCAAGCGGGCCAUGGAUGUGCUGCAGGCGGUCGUGGAGGCGCUGACGGCGCAGGGGAUUGCGGUUAUCAUGAAUAACCACAUCACCAGCGCGACGUGGUGCUGCGGCGCGGAUCCGUGCGAUGCCGGGUGGGCGAACGACCACUUGCCCGGGGCGAUGUGCCGGGUGCGGCAGACGGAGGAGCAGUGGAUCGAGCACUGGGAGGAGGUCAUGGCGCGGUUCUCGAACAACAGCUUGGUGAUCGGGGCGGAUCUCCGGAAUGAGGUGAGGGGGUUGUGGGGGACCAUGCCCUGGGAGCGGUGGGCCGCCGCGGCGGAAAAGGCGGGGAAUCGGCUGCUGAAGAUGAACCCGGACUGGCUGAUCAUCGUCGGCGGGACCGAGUCCGGGAACGAUCUCUCCGGCGUUGGGAGGCGGCCGGUGGUGCUGGACGUGCCCGGCCGGGUGGUCUACUCGGCGCACGUGUACGCCUGGAGCGGCUGGGGCAGCCUGGAAGGGCGAUACUCGAAACGGUCGUACCCGAGCUUCGUCCAGUCGAUGCGCCACAACUGGGCGUAUCUGGUGGAGGGCGACAUCGCGCCCGUGUGGAUUGGGGAGUUCGGCGCGCCACAGAGGCCCGGCGUGGGGGACGCCAAUUACUGGGAUAACCUGUUGCGCUAUCUCAAGACGAUUGAUGCCGAUUUUGGAUACUGGGCACUCAAUCCGCGGAAACCGAAGGAUAAUGAGACGGAGGGCUACAGGCUUCUAGAGGACGACUGGACCACGCCGGUGCUAGAUUACAGGAUGAAGGACAUGACUCAGUUGAUGCGGGCUGGCAGCAGGAAGUGA